CCGCCCGAAGGCGAUAUGGCUGCGCCUAGUGGAGGAGGCAGCAAUUCUAGCGACUUUGUUCGCAAGCUCUACAAGAUGCUAGAGGAUCCCCAGUAUGCAUCUAUCGUUCGAUGGGGGGAUGGUGGCGACAGCUUCGUUGUGCUUGAGAACAACCAGUUCACCAACGACAUACUGCCCAAGCACUUCAAGCACAGCAAUUUCGCCAGCUUUGUCCGCCAGUUGAAUAAAUAUGACUUCCACAAGGUCAGACAGAACGAGGAGAAUGGCCAAUCCCCGUACGGUCCUAAUGCGUGGGAGUUCAAGCAUCCCGAUUUCACAAUCCACAACAAGCGGAACCUGGACAACAUCCGUCGCAAGGCACCUGCGCCUAGGAAGGCACAGCCUGCCGAGGAUGUGUACCAAGCAAACCAGCUGGCCCUCCUCACCGAGCAGCUCAACGCGACACAGCACCAGGUCCAGCAGCUCCAAGAGCACGUCGGCCAGCUCACCAGCAGCAACAAGAUCCUGGUAGAGGAGCUCGUGGCGCUGCAAAAGAACGUUAAGAUCACCACGCAGGUCAACACCGAGCUGCUCACUCACCUGAACAACCUCGACGAGCAUAGACGCAACAGCCGGCACUCGGGGCAUUCAGGACACUCCGGCCAGUCGUCCAACUUCCACAAUGGCGCCUUGGGCGUGCUCCCUGACGGCAAUGAUGAGCCUUCCAUCGAGCUCCGGAGGGCACGGGACCUGCUGAACGCCAUCGAGCCAGACGCCCCCGCAGAUCGCGCGUUCCAGAGAUUAUCUGUUGCGUACCAGGCGAACUCGCCACCGGACUCAGCUGCCAGCUCGAUCAUGUUCUCGCAGCCCAACUCCGCCAUCUUGCCGCCCAACAUGAUGGGAACCCCUUUCAUGGAUGACCCCCGCCAUCUCGUGUACCCUGCUGGACCGAACGUCGGUAUCGAUCCCUUCCAUCCAGAUCAUGUCAACAACCUGCCGUUCCCCUUACCCCAGGGACCACCACCCGAGAUGCCAGCCCAGAUCAACCUUCAAAAUAAAAGAAAGGAGGAAUCCAUCUGGGAAGAGAGGAAGCCAAGAAUCCUUCUGGUCGAGGAUGACAGGACUUGCUCGAGGAUUGGCUCCAAAUUCCUGCACCAGAUUGAAUGUUCGGUGGAACUCGCGCAAAAUGGCGAGGAAGCCGUCAACAAGAUCAACUCGGAGCCGGAUCGGUACGACGUCAUUUUCAUGGACAUUAUCAUGCCCAAUAUGGACGGUGUGUCGGCCACGGUAUAUAUCAGGACAGUCUCGCCGACCGUGCCAAUCAUUGCCAUGACGUCCAACAUUCGAGCCGAGGAGAUUAACCACUAUUAUCAGUUUGGAAUGAACGACACAUUAGCAAAGCCUUUCACAAAAGAGGGCAUGGUCAAGGUUGUCAAAAAAUACUGCCGUCACAUGCUCAAGAACCCCAACGCGGCGGACCUUGAGCCUAACGGAGGGCCCAUGACGGGCAUUGGCGUUUCGACACCCACGUAUAACGCUCCUCCUCCAGUCACGGGGUCCGGCAUGAAAUUCGAGACCACGCCCAUCAAUUCUCCUGCCACCAGCAGCUCAUGGCACUCGCCAGGUCAGCAGCUUGCGCAGCACACCUCGCCCAAUAUGGAUGGGGGAUACAUGUCCGGCACCAUCAGCGUCAGUGGUCCACAGAUGGUCAUGACCCCGAGUGGAUCAUUUGCGCCGCAGAUGGGGACACCGCCGAUUCCACGGAUGACGGGAGACAUGAGUGGUGGCGGCGGUGGUGGU